AUGUGUUUUUUAAUAAAAGCAAUUUUAAUUUUAUUACCUUUUGUAAAUGGAGCCUAAAAAUUAAGACUUUAAGGAUCGAAGCCUUUAUAUAUGGAUUGCAAAAUGAUUGAUGAAAGUUUUUUAAAUUUAUUAUAUUUUAGGAGAUAAUGGCUUUGUAGGAAGUUAAUAUUUUUAUAAAUACCUAUCAUAAUCUGGAAAUCUGUUAAAUCUUGAUCAGAUUACCUUUAGCUUUUGGAUGUUAGUCUAUUCAAAAAUGAAAUUGAAUGGAAAGUAAAUUUUAUUUGGUUUUGUCGAUGGUUACACAAAUAAUCCUGUAAAGUAUUAAAAUAAUAUUAGUAUCUUAAUUUAAUGUUGUAUUACUAAAUAGAAUCAGGAGAUUAUUACAUGUAUGUAGUAAAUCAAAGAUUUUCUCCAGAGAUCAUUAAAUUGAAAUUAAAAUAGUAAACAUUUAGUUUAUUUUAGAGAGAACGAUCUUUAUAUUGGUAGUUGGAAUCAUAUACUAUUAUCUAUAGAUUAGAGCACAAGUAAUACGUUUAUUAAUUUGAAAUUUUUUUCUACAUUCAAUUAUUAAUUGAAUUAGAUUCAAGAGACAUUAGUGAAUUAAAAGUAUAUAAUAUUGUAUAUCAUUAGAUUAAAUUAUAAAUUUGGGGUUCAUUCAAGAAUAACAAAUGAAUAAUUAUAUAACGCACCAUUUGAUUACAAAGCAUGUGUAAAUAUUGCUAAUUUUGAUUAUAUCAAUGGAUGGACAACAAUGGAUUCAGAAAUAUAUAUUGAUUAUGAUUUAGAACUCAAAUACUUUUUAAAACCAUAUAAAGCAAAUGGUCUCAAUGUUAAUGAUCUAUUUAUGAAUGUAAUUAUGAGAUCAUAUACUAAUCCAAUAAUAUAUAGUGAUACAAUUGGGUUGAUUUUGUAUAAAAAUACAUAGAUAGUCUACAAUUUUAUGGAAUAACUAAGUUCAUUUACAAUGAUGUUUUGGAUUAAACCAUAAAAUAUAAUAUCAACUUUUUAAUUUCUUUCUUUAACUGAUGAUGCAUUAUAAAAGACAAGUGUAGGUUUUGGAAUAAGUAAAGAAUAUUAUUUAUUAUUUCAUUAAAAUUAUGAUAAGACUUAAUUAGGUAAUCUAGCUGAUAAUGUUUGGGCUCAUGUGACAGCUGGUUUUUUAGAAUUAAGUUUAAAUUAUGAUUUUUAUCCAACAAAUUAAAAGAAAUUAUUAAGAGUUUUUAUUGAUGACGUUUAGGUUACAUUGAAAACUUUAACAAACGUAAUAGUAUAUAGAAGAUUAGUAUUGGGACCAAUAUUUAAUGAUGAUUUUGGAAGUGAAAUGAUUGAUAUUUAAGAUAUUAGAAUUUUUAAAGGUUAUGGCAUUUUAAAAAGUCAAGGAGAUUGUAAAUUAUUUGUUGGUGCUUAUUGUGCAUUUUGUAAAGCUGGUACUCAUUAUUGCAAAGAGUAAGACCCUACUGAUAAUAUAAAUAUUUAUAAAUGUCCAGCUGGAUAUAAAGAAUCAGGCACUAGUUGUGCACUUAUAUCAAUAUCAAAUUGUCUUAGGUAAUCAGGAUCAUUAUGUACAGUAUGUGCAGAUAAUUAUUUAUUAAAAAAUGGAUAAUGUGUAAUGAUAACUGCUUUAGUCUCCCCAUUUAGUUGUUAAGAUGAUUUUGCAAUAUUUUGUUAAAGAAGGAAUUUAUUAAUAAUGAAUAGCAAGAGUAUUGAUGACAUAAGUAAAUUAUGUAUAGAUAGUUAUAAUUAAUACAAUCCAGUAACCUACAAAUGUGAAUAAAUCUCAUCAUAAAUUUGUUUAUAAGCUCAAUACUUAAAAUCUUGCUAUGUUUGCAAUUAUGGAUAUUAUUUAACUGAAUUAAAUACUUGUCAAAAGACUUGUACAGCAAACUACAAAUUUUAAUUAAAUGGAGUUUGUUUAAAGGAUUGCCCAGGAAGAUAUUAAUACUAAUAUAAUUGUUAUAUUGGAAAAUCAUAACCUACAUUCACUUGUAAUACAUCUUAAAAAUGCAAUCGUAAUGAAGUUAACAUAAAUUAUUAUUGUUUAAGAUCUAUUGAAUAAACUGGGAAGGUCGUUUCUUGUAUUCAAUAUGGUUCAAUUUAUAAGUAAGUAUAUUUCGAUUGUGAUCCACUUUGUAAAUAUUGUUAUGGAACAGAGUCUUAUUAAUGUUUGGGUUGUUAUGCAAAUAUGUUUUUUAGUCCAUAUUAUACAACUUGUGUAGAUGAUUGUUCUACUUAAGCUAAAUUUAAAUAUAAUAAUAGAGAUUGGAUGGUUUGUGAAUUAGAAUGUCCAUCAGAAUAUUUAACAUAAGAAUAUGAAUGUGUGACUACAUGUGGUGUUGGUUAUGCUAAAUAUAAUACAAUAUGUCUAAUAGAUACUAAUAUUACUGAUAAUUACUUAAAAAUUUCUCCAAUUCCUAUGUUUGUUGAUUGUCCAGAAAUAUGUUAGACAUGCACAAGUGAUACAUAUUGUACUAGUUGUCUUAAUAAUUAUCCUUUAAAUUAAAAUAAAUGUGUUACAUCAUGUUAUCCAUAAUAUCUCUAUGUAAAUGAAGAUAAUGUAAAUUAAUGCUUAGUUAAUUGUGAUCCAACUGAUUUAGUCUAUUAAAAUAAUAAUAUUGAUGGAUAUUCUAUUAGACAAUGCUUCAAAAUUAAAUGCGGCUAUAUCAAAACGAAUAAGAUGUAUUAAACUUACUAACAUUAAACAAAUCCUCUUAUUUGUAUGUAUCCAUGUGAUAGUGGAUAUUAUGCUUAAAUAACAACUUAUUAAUGUACAAAAUGUAGCACCAAUUGUGCCACUUGUUAUAAUACAGCCACUACUUGUACAUCUUGUUAUCCUACUACUUUUCUAUAAGAUUAUGAUUGUUUCAAAACAUGUAAAUCUAAAUUUAAGAAUUAUAUUAAUUGGUAAUGUGAAGGCUCAUGUUCUAUAGGUUUUACAAUAGAUGACAAAAUUCAAAGCAUUUAAGCUUGUGUCAAUAAAUGUGGACAAGUAUUUGGAACCUUUAUAUAUUCUCUCAAUAAUCGAUGCUAUGAAACUGCACCAAUAAUUGGAGCAUAUUGUAUAAACUUAGAUUGUUUCAAUUGUUAUUAUAAUUGUAAGACAUGUUCAGGUCCCAAUAAUACUUAAUGUUUAACUUGUUAUGAUAAAACAUUUUUCUUAUCUAAUUAAUGUGUUAUAGAUUGUGGAACUAAAUUUUAUGAUUUAUUAAAUUGGAAAUGUGUCAAUACUUGUCCAAUCAAUUUAUAUACUACAUCUGGCUAUUAAAUUAUUAAUACAAUUAAUAAACUAGUCACAUCCUGUUCUUCUACUUGCUUAUAUAAUUAAUUUUAAUAUAAAGAUUUAUGUUCAGAUUUAUAACCAAUUGGAACAUAUUGUAUUUAAAAGACUAAUUACAAAUUAUGUGAUAAUUGUGCUUCAGUCUGUAAAACAUGUUUUGAUUCCUAUUCAACUACUUGUAGUGAAUGCAAUCCAGGAUCUUAUUUAUAUAAUACUACUUGUUCUUCAGAAUGCCCUAAUGAUAGUCCCUAUAAAGAUACUAUUAAUAAUACUUGUGUUGUUAUUUGUACCAGUUAUCAAGAAGAUGGAUAUUGUGUUGCUGCCUGUUCAGCUAAUUAUUACACUUAUGAAGCUGAGAAAUAAUGUUAUGAAUCUGGUUGUCCAGAAGGAACUUAUAACUAAAUUAAUACAUAUAAUUGCUAUGCUUGUGCUCUUGGAUGUGCUACUUGUAUUGAUGGAGCAUCAAAUUAAUGCAUAACUUGCCUACCAGAUUAUUUUUUACUAGGUACAUCAACAUGUACUAGUAUCUGUAAUGUGAGUCCAGAUCUUAUUUAAGAUUGGGUUAAUGGGAAAUGUGUCAAAUAAUGUCCUUCUGGAUCUUUCUUACAAACCUUACAAAAUGGAUAUCUAGCAUGUAAAGAUACUUGUCCUGUUUAUUAUUAUUCUAAUAUUUGUGUUGCAAUAUGUCCUACUUAAACUUAUCUCGAUGGAACUAUUUGUAAUCCAUGUGCAGGACCUUGUUCUGAAUGUUAUGGAGUAGAUGUUAAUUAAUGUACAAAAUGUGACUCUGGAUAUUACUUAGCUGAUACUACUUGUGUUGAUACAUGUCCAUCUACAAAACCUUAUGCAAAUUUAGCUAAUUAAGCAUGUGUCUUAUCUUGUCCAGAUUAUUUGUAUUUAGCUAAAAAAGUCUGUUUUAGUCCAUGUCCAGGUUUCUUAGCUUAUUAUGAAUUAGAUGGUAAAAAGGAAUGUGUUGAUUAAUGUUAUUCUAAAUCUUAUUUAUCUUCAGGACGAUGUUAUUCUUGUAAUUCUAUUUGUAAAGAAUGCUAUGGACCAAUAAAUGGAAAUUGCUUAUAAUGUGAAUCCCCUUACUUUUUAUAUCAGUAAAAAUGUUAAAAUACUUGUCCAUUUUACACUGACUAUACAGAUAGAGUUUGCAAAGAAUCUUGCCCAUCUAAUACAGUUAUCUAAGGUAUGAAAUGUCAAACCUCAUGUGAUACAGGAUAUGUAUUGUAUAAUUAAUUUUGUGUUACAACUUGUCCAACAUUUACUUAUAAAGUAGGAAAUAAUUGUUAUGUUUGUAAUUCUCUUUGUAGAACUUGUUUUGGACCAUCAGUAAAUGAGUGUUACUCAUGCUUAGAAAACUAUUUAAUAAAUGGUAAUACAUGUACAUUAACUUGUCCGAUCCUUUACGAUUACUAGAUUAGUAAAUGUUUAAGCACUUGUGGUACUAAAUUAGAAGUAAUUGAUACUAAAAGUUGUGUUACAAGUUGUCCAACAGGAUAUUUAAAAUGUAAUCAAAAGUGUUUGAAAGUAUUACCUGAUGGAUAUUAUUCAGAUGGAGUAUAAUGUUAAAAAUGUAAUACUAAAUGUGCUUAAUGUACAUCACCAACUGUAUGUUAAUCAUGCAAUCUAAACUUCUAUCUACAUUUGUAAACUUGCAAUAGUUUUUGUACUAAUAAAUAUCUUUAUAUGGAUCCAAUAUCUAGAUCUUGUGUUUCAAAAUGUCCACCUAUACUUUACCAUUAAGUAUCUUUUGAUAAAAGGUUUUGUGUUACUGAUUGUCCUUUAAAACUUAAUGAUUAAUGUAUUGAUUCUUGCCCAGUAGGAAUGUAUAAUAAGGAUAGUUUUUGUACAAGUUGUCCUUAGAAAUGCUAAGAAUGUACUUCAGCAACAAAUUGUACUAUAUGCAUAAAUGAUUAUUUUUUGGAAAAUGGAUUAUGUUAUUUAAGUUGUAUAGUAGGUAAAACAGAUUAUAAAAAUCAUAUAUGUGUUUAAGAAUGUGAUUCAUCAUUGUUUGAAUAUCAAAAUGAAUGUUUAGAAAUAUGUCCUACAAAUCCAGUAUUUUAUUAUCAUUCUAAUAUAUGUAUGGAUGCAUGUCCAAUUAGUACAUUUUAGAAUAAUUAACAAUGUAUAGAUUGUGAUAUAUCAUGUUUAACUUGUAUUGGCCCAUAAAAUACUGAUUGUCUGGUUUGCAAAGAGACUUACUAUUUAAAUGAUUAAUAGUGUGUUCUAACAUGUCCUAACUUAUAUAAUGAAGUAGAUAAAACAUGUAUUAUUUCAUGUCCUCCAAAUCUUCUUUUAGAUUAAAAUAAAUGUGUUUUGAUUUGUAGUAAGUACAUGUACUCAAAUACUUGUUUAUCAAAUUGCCCAUCAAAAACAUAUGAUUCAAAUUUCACAUGCUAUGAUUGUUCUUAAAAUUGUCUUGAAUGCAAUUCUUAUGGUUGUCUGAAAUGUGAAAAUGGAUCAUUUUUAGAGGAUGGAAGUUGUGGUAACUUUUGCCCAUAUUAUUACAAUACUAUUCUAAAUUAAUGUGAAUAAUAAUGUCCAGAAGGUGCUUUUCUUUAUAUUGAUCAAUGCUAUGCUGCUUGUCCAACCAAUACAUAUCAAUAUCAAAAAUCUUGUCUUUUGGAAUGUCCUUAGAAAACAAUUUAAAUAAAUUCUAUUUGUUAUUAAUGUCCAGAGAGAUGUUCAAUUUGUAAAAAUGAAUAUGAAUGUAUAAAUUGUGAAUCACCAUAUUACUAAUAUAAAGGAGCAUGUGUAGUAGCAUGUCCAACAGUACUACCUUAUUAGAAUAAAAUAAAUAAUGUUUGUUAGUCAGAAUGUCCUCCAGAUACUUAUGAAAAAGAAUAUGAAUGUCUUAAAGAAUGUGAUUUAAUUAUCUAUUAAAAUAAAUGUUUAAAGCAUUGUCCUUAUGGAUAUUAUGGGAAUUCUAUAUGUAAACCAUGUAAAUUAGAAUGCAAAGCUUGUAAUGAUUUUAAUAUCUGUACUGAAUGUUCAGAUAACUUUUAUCUUGAAUAAAAUUAAUGUGAUACAUAAUGUACAAAAAUAAAAGAUAUGAAAUCCAAGAAAUGUGUAGAUUCAUGUCCUUUAUUUUUGUAUUAAAAUGUUUGUUAUGAAAUUUGUCCUAUAAACACUUAUUAAUUUGUAAAUAAUUGUCUUCAAAAGUGUUUAGAUGGAUAUUUUGGUUCAACAGAAUUUAAAUGUGAAAAAUGUCCAUCAUAAUGUAUUACAUGUUCAAACUUUAAUUAAUGUAAUAGCUGUAAAAUUGGAUAUUAUAUGUAUUAAAAAUAAUGUUUAGAUGAAUGUCCAGACAAAUUAUUUUCAAAUCCAUUAACUAGUUAAUGUACAUCAUAAUGUCCAAAUAAAACAUUCAUAUUUAAAAAUUAAUGUUUAUAUGAAUGUCCAAAUGAUUAUUUGAAUGACACAGAAAAUUAUUAAUGUUUAUUAAUUUGUAAUGAAUAACAAUAUUAAAAUAAAAAUAGUUGUUAUCCUUGUUCAUUUGAAUGUGAUAAAUGUACUGCCUAUGGAAAUUAAAAUUGUAUAACAUGUGCUACAAAUUAUAUUUUAACUGAAGAUGGAUAUUGUUUUGGAAAAUGCAAAGCUGGUUAUUAUUAAACUUCAAAUUCUUGUGAAAAAUGUUAACAUAAAUGUUUAACUUGUGAAAAUGAUACUGAAUGUUUAUAAUGCAGAGGAAAUAAUAGAAAUCCAUUUGAUUGUUCAUGCCCAAAAGGAUUUUAUGAUGAUCCAUUUUAUGAUAAUUGUUAAUAAUGUCCAUGUGAAGAAUGUAUUUCUUAAUCUGAAUGUCUCGUAUGUAAAAAUAAUCUCUAAGUUCCAAAUUGUUCAUGUAACAGAAGACUUAAUGAAGAUUGGUGUAUUACUUGUCAAAUAGGAUCAGUCAACAUAUAAUAUUCAGAUGAUCUAAAUUCAAUCAUUGUUUAUUUUGGAUAUUUAAUAUCUGUUAAUUUAAUUAAUCCUUUUUAACCUUCAAGUUGUUCUUUUUGGUUUAAUUAUGCAGAAAUCUUUGGAGAAAAUGCUUAAUGCUAUUUAUCAUGGGAUAGAUAUUCAGUACAUAUCUUAUUAGAACCAUAUGCUUCUGUUAAUAUUGGAGAUGAAUUGAGUUUCAAACAAUCCUUUUAUAGAGAUGUAAAUCAAGGUCUAUGUGAUGGAUAAUUUAUUGAAAUAUUUAUUGAUAACACUGUAAAAGGACCAUCUGUUUAAACUAAACCUUAUGUUCUUUUUGAUAUACCUUCUGUUGUAAGUACUUGUAAGACUAUUACUAUUAAACAAAUUUUAUUAGAUGGAACAGCAAAAAAGAUUCAAGAAGUCUUAUCUUGGACUCUUCAUGAAAUGGAUAAUGAUGAUUAUUAUUUAUAAAUGGAUGCAUUCUUAGCUGAUUAAUUAAAUGAGUUCACUAUUCCUAUUGGUACUCUAGCUUCUAAUGUUACAUAUACUAUAACAGUCAAAUAUAUCAAUUUAAUAAAUAGAGUCAAUUUCACAACAUUCUCAUUUACUACACUGCCAGAAAGAGUUCCUUAUGUCUUUCUAUAAUAUAAUCCAUUAGUGGCUAGAGUUUAUGUUUUUGAUUGUCAACUCACAUAUUCUGAUAUGAAAAAUGAAUUUACUUUAUCUAUUGAAAUUUCUGAUGCCAAUAAUAAAACUUACAUUUCCUUAUAACAACACAUUAAUCCAAUUUAUGAAAUCCCAUUAAAUGAAUCUCUAUUACCUAAAGAAACCCCUUUACUUUUUAUGGCAUCAAGUGGAAGUUCUGUAGUUCAUGAACAAAUUUAUCUAAAAUCAAAAAGAAUUGAUAUUGAAUUUCUUUAAUAAAAUAGAUUUAUUGGAUUAGAUAAUUAAAUUAAUGCAAGAGCCUUUGAUCGAAAUAUAUAAGAUGAAGUAUUAAGUACUUUAAAUAUUGAAUAUUAAUGGUAAUGUAAUAAUUUAUUCAAUUUAUAACCAUGUAAAACAGAAGAAAAUAAAAUUAUGCAAUUUCCAUCUAGAAGAAUUGCUGAUAUUUAUGCAGAUAGUUAAAAUACUACUUUUGUUUUCUUUGUUAAAGCAUCAAAAGACAAUAGAUGGACUGUUAAAGAAUAAUUGAUAGUAGUUACAGAUUUUGAAAUAGAAGAGGAAUUUGUUUUAAAUUAAGAAAUCCCAAAAAAUUAUGUUAAUCUUAAUGAUGAAAUAACAGUUAUGAUAAGAAAUAAUUAAAAAUAUGCUUUCAUUAUGCAAGAAUUCAAAAUUCUAUCAUCUAUCAAAAUUAGAAGCCAAACUUUAAAGUUUAGACUUGCAGGAUUAACAAAUAAUUUUAAUAGUCCUGUGUACAUUUAUCUAGUACCAGGCAAUGAAUCUAUUGCAUUUCUAUUAAACAAACCUCCUUUAGAAGUUAAAUUUAAUGUAGAACCUCUAAUAGGAGAAUCUUUAGAUUACUUUAAUUAUUCAAUUCAAAACUUAUAACCUGGAGAUAAGUUUAGUAUUUAUUAUUAUUUUGAAAAUUUGGUUCUCUAAAAUGAUAUAAAUCUAUAAUCAAUUAAUAAUGGUUUACCUUUGGUGAUUAAUUCUUAAGAGUUAACAGGUUCCUUUUAACUACCAAAUGGAAUUAUUGAUAAUUCAAUAUCCGUUCUGUGUUAAAUUGAAUCAGAUUAGGGUUCAAAGACUUAUAUCCAAUAAGAUAUCAAAGUUAAUAGAAAAAAUUAUCAAAUUAAUAAAUUAUAUGAAUCCUUUAAUAAUAAAACUAAUUUCUCAGAUUUAUAAAGUAUACAUACUAUGACUAAAUUAAUUGAAAUUGAAUAGUAAUAGGUUUGCUUGAAAUAAUGUUCAGGUGUUGGUACAUGUGUUGAUGAUAAAUGUAUGUGUCCUCCAGGAUAUUAUUUUGAUGAUUGUAGUGGAAAUCUAGAAUAAUAUAACAAUUAUAAUAAUCUUAUUAUAAAUGUUAUGCAAUCAUUAAUUAAAAAUCCAAUUAAAAAUAAUGAUGAAUUUAGAUUAUUUAGUUAAUCUUUAUUGUUUGUAUCAACUUUAAAAGAUUUAAAUAAUACAUAUACAAAUUUAGAUUGCUAAUACAUAUUAGAAUAAUACAUUUUUAAUCUCAAUUCAAGAUUAGAGAAAAUCAACUAACACUCAAUUAAUCUUUAAUAUUAAUCAACUGCUAAUCUAAAUUACUCUUAAAUAGAUAUUAGAUCAUUAGAAAAUAAGAAUGAUUUACAUACAGCCUUAAAGAGUACUGUAUUUAUGUGGGCUAAAACUUUAUUUACUUAAGAUGCUGGUAUAUAUUAAUUAUAGAGUCGCUUAAAUAAUUUCCUUUCAGCUACAAUAGAAUUGUCUCUAUUUGGAAUUGAACCUGAUGAAGUUAUAGAUUAUUCUAUUGAUACUGCUUAUCUAAAAAUCUAAAGAAUUAACAAUAUGUCAAAUAUAACAAAGGGAAGACUCUUAGUUGAAUCAAGUGAAAAUAAUAAUAGCGAAACAGAAUAUUAUGAUAUUGUUUAAGCAAUAUAUAUUCGUAAUUAUUUCGCUUUUGAUGGUUAUUUUCCAUAUCCCUUAUAAUUGUAUCCACUUUAUGAUUACUAAAUACGUUAGUAAAAUAGAAAAUAAAAUAUUUAAUUAAAAACAUAUAUCUCAUAUAAGUUUAAAAUACAAAAUGAUACAUCAAAUCUUGUUUGUUUAAUGAGAAAUUCUCAUACAUAUGAAUGGUCAAAUGAAAAUUGUUCAAUCCAUUUAAUUAAUUCAACACAUUAUUGUAAUUGUACAACACUUGCUCCAACUACUAUAUGCAAUGAUUAUGAUUUCCUUUUUUAAGGUUCUCCUUAAUUCAAAUUGGAUAUUCCAAAUAUGUUAUAUAUCAUUUACUUUGUUUAAUUAAUCAUAUUAGGAAUAUUUUAUAUAUAGGCAAGGUAUUCUGUACAUGAGAAAUCUAUUGAUAAUAAUAAAUUUGGUUAAAUAUUAAAAUUAGCAAGAAAAGAUAAAGUAGCAGUUUUUGGAAACCAAAUUGUUCCAAUAGAUGAUGAAAAAAAUAAUGUUUAAAAUGAAUCCUAAUAACCUUAACAAAUAGACCAAAAGACUAGAAAUGACAAAUUUAGUUUUAAUAAUUUUUGGGUACUUAAUCAUAAUUUAUAAUAGAAAUAUCAUUUUUUAACAUCAAUGAAAUACAAUAAAAUUUGUUACUUUAGCUCAUUUCUUCGUUCUAUUUUGAUAAUCUUAAAAUGGAAUUAAGCUAUUAUUAUUGGUGAAGUAUUAAGUCUUUUUGGAUUCACAUAUUAUGUCUCUAUGUGGAUUAUUUUAUCAUCAAUUAUUUUUAGUAGAAUUUUUGAAUACUUUUUAAAAGUAAUUUAAUUUAUUUUAAGUAGACUUAAGCCAAAUAUUUUUUUUAUAUGAAAUAAGAAUUCAUUCUUUCAAUUAUCAAACUAUUUCUAUUCCUAAUAAUGAUAUGCACAUUUUUAUUUGGAAUAUAUGUAUACUUUAUGAUUGAAAAUUAAACAAAUUUGGUAUUCAAUUUUAUUUUAUAAUUAGAUUAUUUCAUAUUCUUUUGCUAUCUUAAUAGAUUUAUUAUUUUUAGAUAUCAUCUUAUUUAGUGCCAAUAAAUUUUUUGGAUAAGAUAAGAAAAAAUUAAUUAGAAAAAAACUUAAAGAAUUUUAAUCUAUAGCAAAAGCAUAAAACUUCAAUAAAUUAUGA